UCUGCUGUGCUGGGAUCACAGUCUAUGUGCUGGAGGAGACUGGGGACUGAGUGGCGCUGCCUGACGCACUGGACCUCAGAGGAUGGAGGCAGGCAGCAUCACAGAAGGGACAGCUCAGGCCCUUGCACUGCCACUUUGUGUCAGUCCCGAGGUUCUAGGGAAGGAGUGAGUGUAGACAGUGGUUGGGCAGGAUCUUGGAAGAAGUUAUAUAAAGGGAGUGACCAACACAGGCUUGCCUAGCAUCUCUGGUUGGCGUGCGAGGGACAAACAGAAGUUUGUUUCACCUGUGCACAGGGGCUCCCGGAACCUCCAUGACAAGCCUUUGCUUGAAGGGGUCGGAAUGAUCUGGGGUGUAGCGCGUGAAAAUGGUUGGUGUAGGCUAGAGGUCAUGCAAUUAAAGUGGAGAGACGGGGCACGCAGAUCGCCUGUGAACCAGUCAAGUAAAGCCCCGACUUGGACAGAAACCGGAGGCUCCAGAACAGAGGCACCACAGAACCAGCUGAGCGCACAGCCCAAGCAGCGCCAAGCGCACCCAGACGCCCCAGACGAUCGUUCGAUCUUUAGCCAUGGGGUCCGCAGCGUUGGAAAUUCUGGGUCUGGUGCUGUGCCUGGUAGGUUGGGUGGGCUUGAUCCUGGCGUGUGGGCUGCCCAUGUGGCAGGUGACUGCCUUCCUGGACCACAACAUCGUGACGGCGCAGACGACUUGGAAGGGGCUGUGGAUGUCGUGCGUGGUGCAGAGUACAGGACACAUGCAGUGCAAGGUGUAUGAGUCUGUACUGGCGCUGAGUGCCGAGGUGCAGGCAGCUCGGGCACUCACCGUGGGCGCUGUACUGCUGGCACUGGUGGCUCUCUUUGUUACCUUGACCGGCGCGCAAUGCACCACCUGCGUGGCCCCGGGUCCAGUGAAGGCACGCGUGGCACUCACCGGCGGAGCGCUUUACGCGCUGUGCGGGCUGCUGGCGCUCGUGCCGCUCUGCUGGUUCGCCAACAUCGUGGUCCGCGAGUUCUACGAUCCGGCAGUGCCGGUGUCUCAGAAGUACGAGCUGGGCGCGGCGCUGUACAUCGGAUGGGCAGCCUCCGCUCUACUCAUGUGCGGCGGCGGCCUCGUGUGCUGCGGGGCUUGGGUCUGCUCCGGCCGCCCGGAGUUCAGCUUCCCGGUCAAGUACUCGGCACCGCGGCGGCCCGCAGCCAAUGGCGAAUACGACAAGAAAAACUACGUCUAAGAGCGGGAGGAACGGCGGGGCCCUUCCCGCAGCCAAGCCCGUGAUCGGAGGGACCGACGUGGAAAGCCGCACGUGGAUGGCAACCACCACUGGUUUGCGCAUUGCAGACUCCGAGACAAGUCAGGCUGGGUUCCUGCCAGGCUUUUUCGCGCCCAGAGAGUCCUCUGACCGUCACCAUCUAGACUCAUCUAGACUCAGCUCAGAACAGACACUUGUGAGGACUUGACCGACCUCAUUUUCUAUGCGCAUUUGGCCGCGGCAUGGAUGUGGCUCUCGGAUUUCAUCGGUGAAGCAGGCACUAAACUGCAGGUGACAGUUUCUAUUGAGCAGUUCUGGAUGCUGCCUUAAUGUCCAGUAGCUCCUACUGACCUGAAAGGGCAGCUGGAGAACCCCAAGCCCGCAGACUGGGCUGCCAGAGGCAUGUGCUAUAAAGGGCAUUUUCCUUGUUAGUGAAGAGGAGCCCAUUGAACCAAAGGACUUGGUCUGAACCUCGUCUCACUCCAGUACUCCCCCAACGGGGGCGCCUGUAGGUACCAGAGCCUUAGAGGGGCUGCCCUCCUCGCAGCUUGGGGGUGGGGCGGGGCGGGCAAGAAUUUGCUUAGUAAAUGGUUUGAACACUCUCAA